UAUCCCUUCUCGCUCUCAACCAUGAUUCACUAUACUGGCACUGAAGAAACAUGAAUUUAUCACGGACGUCCUUGCGCUCGGCUAUUCGUUUCCCAAAUCGACGGCUACCGUCAUGGUUGGCUGUUCCGAGACGAAGUCUUUUUACCAUAAUAGACCAAGGGCAUGAAGGCUGGAGGUUGAGUUUUGGUCGGAACCCGGUGCAGCUAAACCCUGGAAUCCGUUUGCAUAUGCCAAUCUACCAUACUAUUCAUAAAGUCGACUUGCGGGAAUCUUCCAUCUCAAUACCGAACCUCCCUGGCUAUACUCUUGACAACGUCCCCGUAACUUGCUCAGGAUCUCUAUUUUAUCGCAUCGUCGACGGAUACAAGGCUUGCUUUGAAGUUAGUGAUGUGCAGAAUAAUAUCAGGAAUGCCGGAACCUCAGCUAUGCGAGCGGUUCUCGGGACGUUUAGCUACGACCAGGUAAUAGGUGACCGAAACGGCCUCAACACCAAACUGAAUUCCGUGAUCGGUAAUUCUAUCAAAAAUUGGGGAGUCGAGGGCACUCGUUUCGAGAUCCAGUCAUUCCAGCCUGCGAAUCGCGAAGUCGAGAGGCAACUUGAACUCCAGAUGGAGGCUGAGCGUAAUCGGCGAAAACAGCUCCUCGAUACGCAAGCACAAGUCAAUGUCGCAGAAGGCCAUAAGCAACGCGUAAUUUUGGAAAGUGAGGGCCAUCUCCGGGCUAAAGCGAAUGAAGCUGACGCCAGUUACAAGACUGUUGUUCGUGAAGCCGAGGCACGGCAACAACAGGCGAUUAUGGAAGCUUCAGCCCUGGCAAGGCAGGUCGAGGAGGUUGCUCGAAGUAUAUCCAUGGACAAGGGUAAUGUGAAGCCGGAGGAACGACAACGGGCUCUGGAAACUUUGGUGGAGUUACGCCGUCUCGAGCAGUUGAGGGCUAUUGCUGCGAGCAAGAGCAAUUCAACCUAUUUCUUCGGCGACAAGUCUGCUUUGGGACGUUCUAGUGCGGAUGCUUACAACAUUGAUUAUGCGGAGCAUAUAAAGGGUGGAGUUGCAAAGAGUCGUCAGGAGGCUGGUGCAGUAAUAACAUCGUAGGAAGCAGUUUGUUUUUGUCUCUUGUUGUCGAAGCUGUUCUCCAUUCUUGUUGUUCCUUGUAGCCUCUAUAAAUCAUCAUAGCUCCACUCAAAUGUAUAAUUAUCUGUACGAUACAUGCAUAAUCUUUACUUUCCUUUGUAAAUUGUUGUACUCACUGGUGUCUGCUACCAUCUCGC